UGCUGCUCCUCUAGCUGUGUGAGGCACACAGAUAAUGUGUGCAGUAUUCUGUACAGCAUGUGCAUGUGUGUAGAGGUUUGAUCUCCCUCUCUCUUUUGUCUCCUCCAUUGCAGCUGCUUUAUAUUUCUCUCUUCCUGCUCAGAAAAGCUUUACUUUCAUCUGGCUUCCAAUUCAAUCCAUAGGGAUCCUUUUUUUUUUGUUUUUUAGUUGGAAGCUACUGUUUGAUUUUUUUUGCUCUCAGGGAAAUUGAUUUGCACCUAUAUUAUAGCACUAAAAAAAGGAAACUCAUUCAUUCUUUCACUGCAGCAGAAAACUUUGAACCCAAAUUAGCCUUUUGUUCCCCCCUUUUCUGACCCCCUUCAAUAAAUCCACACAGUGGAAAACAAGAGAGAAAGGCAAGGUUUUUUUCACUGGGCAGUGAUUCACUAACUUUGCUGGAAAAAAAGCUGGGAAAAAAAGCAACACACAUUGGCAGAUUUAAGACUUCUUCAUCGUCUGCUCCAUGUGUUUAGACCAUUACGUGGAUGGGGCAAGAAAGAGGGAUGGGUCUGAACACCAGCAACUGCCUUCUCUAUCUGUUCUUGAGUAUCCUGUCCUGGAAGAUCUGCACAGGUCUAAUGCACAAUACACAGUGGGACGAAGAAUCUGAAGUUGUAUUUCCCUCUCUCUGGGGUGCUAAAAAACCAAGAGGAAGGGUACCAGAGGAAGAUACGGUAUUAUUACAAUCACCUGCGGUGUACAGAAACCUUAGUAGUGAAGAUCUGUCGUAUUCACAUAACCAAGCACCUGUUAGUUCUCGUGAAGUGCGUUCUGUGUCUUCUUCUGGUACUGCAAGCCACGAUCCUUUGGACCAAGACCAAAAACAUGAUGGAGAAGAAAAUGAGUCUCGAGAGUUUUAUCAUUUAUCACAAUUUCCAUGGAUUUAUGAAGGGAAGAACACAUACACGCCUGCUCCUAGUAUAUCCUCUGCAAUUGUAUCACCUUCCAUGGGUAAAAAUACCACGUCCUCUGUGAAACCAUUAGACAAUGGUGGUAAAUUGAGAUUAAGAAUUCAUGCCUUUGGAAAAGAUCUCUACCUUUUGUUGAAGAAAGAUAGCCGUUUUUUGUCUCCAGGCUUUAAAGUUGAGGAGAGACAUCUGGAAUGGAAGGGAUCAUUAAAUACAGAGGAUACUGAUAGAGACUGUUAUUACACUGGUACUGUUUUACGUCACCGUGGAUCAUUUGCAUCUUUCAGUACUUGUGGUGGACUGAUGGGUUUUAUCCAAAUAAAUGAAGACUUCAUGUACAUUGAGCCUCUAAAUCAAACACUGUCAGUAACAGGCAAUGCACAUCGUGUUUACAGAAAGAAAAGAUCUACAGAAGAGAACUCUGCCGGAAGACAGCCUUCCCAUCAGCCAUACUGUGGGGUUGCAGACAAGAGGAGAACAAAGAAUUAUAAAGCACCAGAAACUAGCCGAGGAAAGAGAUAUUCGUACAAACAGAUGCAAGAGUACAACAUAGAAACCGUGGUGGUUGCUGAUCCAGCCAUGGUCUCUUAUCAUGGCUCAGAAGCAACACGGAAGUUCAUUCUCACUAUUCUAAACAUGGUUUACAGUCUUUUCCAGCACAAAAGCCUUGGUGUGCAAAUGAAUUUACGGGUUACAAAACUGGUUCUUCUUCAUGAAACUCCGGUAGACAUGUACAUAGGGCACCAUGGUGAAAAAAUGCUGGAGAGCUUUUGUAAAUGGCAGCUGGCAGAAUUCGGAAAGAAGAAUGAUGUAAAUAUGGAGAUGUCUACAAGCUGGGGAGAAGAGUAUUCAGCUGUAGAUGCUGCAGUUCUCAUAACAAGGAUGGAUUUUUGUGUCCAUAAGGAUGAACCAUGUGAUACUGUUGGUAUAGCAUAUCUGAAUGGAAUGUGCAGCGAAAAAAGGAAAUGCAUAAUCGCAGAAGACAAUGGACUGAAUCUUGCAUUUACUAUUGCGCAUGAGAUGGGUCACAACAUGGGUAUCAAUCAUGACAAUGACCACCCUUCCUGCGCAGAUGGCCUCCACAUUAUGUCAGGAGAAUGGAUCAAGGGACAAAACCUUGGUGAUGUUUCAUGGUCCAGAUGUAGCCGGGAAGACCUUGAAAGGUUCCUCAGGUCAAAAGCCAGUAACUGUUUGCUGCAAACAAAUCCACAAAGUUUAAGCUCGGUGAUUAUUCCCUCCAAGAUGCCAGGCAUGACAUACACAGCAGAUGAACAAUGUCAGAUUCUGUUUGGACCAACAGCUUCAUUUUGUCAUGAGAUGCAGCAUGUCAUUUGUACAGGACUGUGGUGUAAGUUGGAAGGUGAAAAAGAAUGUAGAACAAAACUGGAUCCACCAAUGGAUGGCACAGAAUGUGGCGUGGAAAAGUGGUGUAGAGUUGGAGAAUGCACAAACCUGUCAUCUUCUGCCGAACAGUUAUCUGGAGAGUGGAGCAGCUGGAGUUCUUGUAGCAGGACCUGCGGCACAGGAGUUAGCAGCAGACAACGUAAAUGCCUUGGGCAAGGUCAGGAAGGAAGACAUUGCAAUGAUCCUCAAAUGCAGUACAGAAUCUGUGAGAAUGCCAAGUGCCCACCAGGAAUGCCGGACUUCAGAGAUUGGCAGUGUCAGGCUUUCAGCUUCCGAUCUUCAUAUCAUAAGCACAAGCACCGAUGGCAUUCUGUCAUUAAUGAAGAAAAGCUUUGUGCCCUUUUCUGUUCUGCACUUGGAAAAGAUCAUCCCAUUCUUGUGGCAGAAAAAGUACUGGAUGGAACGUCUUGUGGUCAAAAUGGCUUGGAUAUUUGUGCAAAUGGACAAUGCCAGAAAGUUGGUUGUGAUGGAAUCUUGGGGUCAUUGUCAAGAGAAGAUCAUUGUGGUGUUUGCAAUGGCAACGGAAAGUCGUGUAAAGUAAUUAAGGGUGACUUCAAUCAUACUAGAGGCGCAGGUUAUGUAGAGGCACUGGUAAUACCCGCUGGGGCAAGAAGAAUCAAAGUUGUUGAAGAAAUGCCGGCUCACAGUUAUCUUGCACUUAGAGACACCGGAAAACAAUCUAUAAAUGAUGAUUGGAAGAUCGAGGACCCUGGAACAUUCCACAUGGCAGGAACUACUGUGCACUACAUACGGAGAGGUCUGUGGGAAAAGAUUUCUGUGAAAGGACCAACAACAUCUCCUCUACAUUUAUUGGUGCUGCUAUUUCAUGACCGGAAUUACGGGCUCCAUUAUGAAUAUACAAUCCCACUCGAUCCUGUUACAGACAACCGUAGUAAUGUUAAAGUGAAUGAACCUUUGUACAUGUGGACACAUUCUGGUUGGGAAGACUGUGACGCUGUAUGUGGAGGAGGAGAAAGGAAAACAACAGUGUCUUGUACAAAAAUUCUGAAUAAAAAUUUAACUAUAGUGGACAAUAAACAUUGUAAGGACCUGACAAGGCCGGAACCACAGAUCAGAAAAUGCAAUGAACAGCCUUGUCAAACAAGAUGGAUGAUGACAGAGUGGACACCAUGUUCUAAAACAUGCGGCAAAGGAACUCAGACUAGACAGACAGCAUGUACACAACAGCUGAGAAACGGGACACUGAUAACGGCUCGUGAACGAGACUGCCCUGGAUAUAAACCUGCUUCUUUCCAGCGUUGUGAGGGCCAGGACUGUAUGACAGUGUGGGAGGCCGGAGUGUGGUCUGAGUGCUCCUUGAAAUGCGGAAAGGGUGUACGUCAUCGUACUGUGAGGUGCACAAAUCCUCGCAAGAAGUGUCUUUUGUCUACAAGACCCAAAGAAAUGGAAGACUGUGAAGAUUAUUCUAAAUGCUACAUAUGGAGGACAGGAGACUGGUCUAAGUGUUCGGUGACUUGUGGAAAAGGAAUGCAAUCAAGAGUAAUUCAAUGCAUGCACAAGAUUACUGGAAGACAUGGAAAUGAAUGCUUUUCAUCUGAGAAACCAGCAGCAUAUCGACCAUGUCAUCUGCAGGCUUGCAAUGAGAAAAUAAAUGUUAAUACAAUUACUUCACCUCGACUUGCUGCUCUAACCUUCAAAUGUCUUCAAGACCAGUGGCCAGUAUAUUGCAAAGUUAUACGUGAGAAAAAUCUCUGCCAGGACAUGAGAUGGUACCAACGGUGCUGUGAAACAUGCAGGGACUUUUAUGCUCAAAAAAUGCAACUCAGGAGUUGACCUUUGUUAGUUUAAGUCUAAAAGAUGUACCUAUAUAAAAAACACACACACAAACACAAA